AUGGGCCCAUACGUCGCAUCGGUCUUUGAAGGGACGGCCCAUGUCAGAGGCAAGGCUUCUGGAACACUUAUUGCAAGUGGCCUAGAGCUAAGCUUCUGGGGCGGUGUCAAUUCUCAGACAGGAGAGGUUAUUGACCGCCAUCAUGACUUGAGCGGCCAUCAUCUCCACGAUACUGUCCUUGCCAUUCCCGGUGGCCGAGGUUCAUGCUCUGGGAGUGGGGUUAUGCUGGAACUCCUCCUCAACAACAAAGGACCGAAGGCCAUUCUAUUCGAGAGACAAGAUGACAUUCUCGCUCUCGGCGUGAUGGUUGCGGAAGAGAUUUUCGGCAAAGCCAUACCAGUGGUCACGAUGAAGCCGGACGAUUUCCGGGCGAUUUUGGGCAUGAGAGGAAAGACCAUCUACAUUGAUUCCGACCGCGUUUCUGAUGCAGCCUUUCAUGAUACACACGGUGACCACACACAAGAGCCAACCAAAAAUUACUUCAUCGACGGUAUGCAGCUGUCAGACUUCGAUAAAGAAUUGCUCCAAGGACUUCAUGGGGAGGCCUCUUCUACUGCGAUCCGCAUCAUUUUGCGAAUGGCAAGUCUACUAGGAGCCACGGAAUUAAUGAAUGUGACCCAGGUCCACGGCCAGGAUCUCUUCUGUUUGCAGAAAAGCUCCGGGACUGGGGGGGGCAAGGUCCGAGUUCCAACAACACUGAAUUCCAUCUCUAUCGAUCAGAAUCGUUGGCGUGAACAAGGUGUCGACAACUCAUUUGGAGAAGCAGCCACACAAUUAGCGAAAGCCUACACCGACAUGGGCGCUACGCCAACCUUUACCUGUGCGCCAUACCAGCUUAAGACAGCACCAAGACAAGGAGAACAAGUGGCUUGGGCGGAAUCAAAUGCGGUCGUCUACGCUAAUAGCGUACUUGGGGCUCGAACCAUGAAAUAUCCAGAUUUCCUGGAUAUAUGUGUCGCCCUCACUGGGCGAGCUCCCAGAGGAGGAGCGCAUUUGGACAUAAACAGAUUGGCGUCGCUUAUUUUGAGAGUUGAUCUUCCGGAGGUGGAUACUAUUGACGAUUCCUUCUACCCCAUACUGGGCUACGAAGUUGGUAGCCUUGCUGCAAAUCGGAUCCCCGUGAUUGUUGGGCUACAGGCACUGGCACCGUCGAGAGACGAUUUGAAGGCCUUUGGCGCUGCGUUUGCAACUGUUUCUAGUGCGCCCAUGUUCCAUAUGCUGGGCGUCACCCCGGAGGCAACUUCACUUAGUGCCGUCGUGGACGAAGCGCGUCAAAUACCAUCUGUCGAUAUCAAAAUGGAACAUCUGAUUGACGACUGGCAGAGGCUCAAUAGUGCAUCCGAGCAACAGCCCGUCGAUCUGGUCUCCCUCGGCAACCCACACUUUUCAUUCAAAGAAAUGAAAAGGCUGGCUCACCUCUGCGAAGGCCGAACCAAGGCACAAGAGGUUUCAGUCAUAGUGACAUGUGGCCGGUCUUCUUAUGGCUUAGCCUCCCAGGCAGGGGUGGUAGAAGUACUGGAGAAUUUCGGCGUUAAAUUUAUGACCGAUACUUGCUGGUGCAUGAUCACGGAGCCGAUAGUUCCGACAACUACGAAUGCUAUCAUGACAAAUUCUGCGAAGUAUGCUCAUUACGGGCCGGGUCUGACGGGACGGAAGUUCUUUUUGGGAAGCCUCAUGCAAUGUGUGGAGGCUGCAUGCCAAGGCAGCUAUACCAAGGAGAUACCUCAAUACCUGCUGAAUACAGAUGGUUAA